GUCCCGGGAAGUGGGCUCUCCCCAUUUCCAAAUGGUCAGGGGAUCUCCUGAAGUUGCGCAGCUCAGAGUGAGCAGCACUCAGGCCCCCACAGUGACCUUGCUCUGCCGCCAGGUGCUGAGUCCAGGUGCUCGGCCUGGCCACAGCCGGUCCCAACCGAGGCUGGAGGUUUCUGGGCUCCUCUGCGUGGCCCCUUGAGUCCCCUGUGGUGUCACCCCAAUGCCCUGACAGCCCCCUGGGCUCCUGUUUCUUUCUCCCCACCCGUUUCUAGCCACAGUUCAGGCUAGAUUGACCUGUGGAUAUCCCCGCUCCCUGCUUCUGGAACCCUCCUGGGUUAGUUCUCAUCCCAUCCUCACUCUGGACCCUGCAACGCCCCUUCGAUUACGUUCUGCCAUGAAGGCCUGGCCAUGGGAGUGCCCACGUGGAAGCCCUUCUCAGACCCGGGCCAGGAGUACAAACGGACACCCCCAGGGAGGGAAAGGGCAAGGUCACAGCCACCCCUGACCCCUUGGCCCCAAGCUACAGGCCUCUCCCCAGCCUGUUCCUGGGUUUCCUCAGAAUCUUUGCUGCUGUGAGAAUUCCAGGCUUCUCGGCCUCAUGAAAACACCAAGUGAACAAGAGGUUCCAGAACGCGGGGGCCUGGGCCUGGGCUGGUGGGCACAGGGCCAGGGCACAGGCUGCAUUUUGGUUGAGGCUGGGUGUCUGCCGGCCGCAGCGGGGGCCCAGCAUGGGCCUGGAGCUCUACCUGGACCUGCUGUCUGCAUCGUGCCGCGCUGUCUACAUCUUCGCCAGGAAGAACAGCAUCCCUUUCGACUUCCAGUUUGUGGAUCUGCUGAAAGGUCACCACCACAGCAAGGAGUACAUCGAGAUCAACCCCCUGAGGAAGCUGCCCAGUCUCAAAGAUGGAAAAUUUGUCUUAUCUGAAAGUGUGGCCAUCCUUUUCUACCUGUGCCGCAAGUACAGUGCGCCCUCGCACUGGUACCCGCCAGACCUGCACACGCGCGCCCGCGUGGACGAGUUCAUGGCCUGGCAGCACACAGCCCUUCAGCUGCCCAUGAACAAGAUACUCUGGAUCAAGCUGCUGAUCCCGAUGAUCACGGGUGAGGAAGUUCCAGCUGAGAAGACAGAGCAGGUGCUGGCAGAGGUGACUAACAACCUGAAGCUCUUCGAGGAAAAGUUUCUGCAGGAGAAGAUGUUCAUCACAGGGGACAACAUCUCCCUGGCCGACUUGGUAGCCCUGGUGGAGAUGAUGCAGCCCAUGGCGGGCAACCAUAACGUCUUCCUCAACAGCUCCAAGCUGGCCGAGUGGCGCAUGAGGGUGGAGCUGGCCAUCGGCUCCGACCUCUUCUGGGAGGCCCACGACCGGCUGGUGAAGUUGGCGGAGUGGGACUGCUCCACGCUGGAUCCGAUGGUCAAGGAGAGGAUCUGCGAUUUGCUGCAGAAGUUCACGUAGUAGCAGCCCAGCCUGCGGGCCUGGCCAGCUCAGCCCCCGGCGCCUCCUACCUUAGGGGAGAUGCUGAAAAUCACUGUUUUUCAGUGAACUGGAACAACCGCCACGGUUGCUGAGCCUGGGACACACAUCUGAUGUGGUGGGUCUGGGGGGCGGUCACGAGUCCCCCCAGCUUCCAAAAAGAAUUUGAAAAUUAAAGGUUAAACAUGAUUAAACUGUCAAUAAUAAGAGUUGAGACUUCAGUGCUCUACUUUCACUAAUGGAUAAAAUAGUGAGACCGAAGAUCCCCAAGGAAAUGGAUGA